CUGUUUUAUUACACGCUCGACUUUCCCGUGGAGAUGACCUGGCGCGUCUUCUACCAGUUCUACGCCUGCUUCUGCGCGAAUUGCGUGGGCAUCAUCUAUGGCAUCACAAUCGGCUGGGCGAGCCCCAGCAUUCCGCUCCUGCAGUCCAGCGAGUCUCCGCUGCUGAGCGGGCCGAUCACGGAGGAGGAGGGCUCGUGGAUCAACUCGAUCAUGUGCGUGGGCGGCCUCUUCGGGACGCUCUUCUUCGGCUGGAUGGGCGACUAUUUCGGCAGGAAGUGGUCCCUGUAUCUCGUCUCCAUGCCCCAGAUCGCCUCCUACCUCCUCAUCCUCAUCGCCCUGGACGUUGAGUAUCUGUACGUGUCGCGAUUCCUCAGUGGAUUCGGUGGCGGAGGAGUUUUCGUCCUCGUUCCGCUCUUCGUCACCGAGAUCGCUGAGGAUCACAUCCGCGGAACUCUAGGCGCCUGCCUCAUUUUGGUGGUGAAUCUGGGAGUGUUGGUUGGAUUGGCCAUCAGUGGUUACUUAGACUUCUUCAUCGUUCCUCUCGUUCCCAUCGCCAUUCUCCUGGUCUUCCUCCUUCUCUUCCAAUUCCUCCCGGAAACCCCGCAAUAUCUGCUGAUGCGGAAGCGCAAAGAGGAAGCCGAGACGUCUUUCCGGUUCUACAGAGGGUUCAGGAAGAGUACUGAAGAUCUGCCUGAAAAGUAUCAGAAAGAAUUUGCAGCUCUGCAGAAGAUCUACGACGGACUAGCGCAGCAAAGCAGCAACCAGGGAAUCCAGAAGAAGGAUUUCGCUCCAAAGUCCACAAAACUCGGCAUGAUCAUCAGUUUCACGCUCAUCUGUCUGGCCUGCUUCUGCGGCACCUUCACUCUCAUCAGCUACGCAGCAGACAUCUUCCACAACGCCGGCUCCAGCGUGUCCCCCAAUGACGCCGCCCUCGUCGUCGGAGCAAUCCAGGUCGCUGGAAGCUGUCUAUCCUAUCUCCUCGUCGACCGAGUGGGCAGACGAAUCCUCCUGAUGGGAUCUGCCCUGAGCACUGGCAUCCUGCACUCCGUCAUGGGCGCCUACGUGUUCCUGGCGUCCAGAGGUCACAAUCUCGAGGGAUUUGAGUGGAUUCCGGUGGUCUCUCUUUCAGGAGUAAUGCUGGUCUCCGCCAUAGGAAUGGUGGCUCUUCCCUAUCCCGUAAUGGCGGAAAUCAUUCCCACGAAGUUGCGCGGACUCGUCGUGAGCAUAGGAUCGUCAAUAUCAUGGACGUUGUCCUUUCUGUUGGUCAAGUACUUUGGAUACUUCCUCCAGGUCAUUCAGCUCUAUGGAUGCGUGGGUUUUUUCGCUUCCUGCUGCUUCUUUGAGGUGCUUUUCGUCGCAAUUGUGCUGCCGGAGACAAAAGGGAAGAAUUUUGAAGAGAUUGUGAACCUUCUGUCCAGAUGAAAGUCCCUGAAAAUUGAAUUUAUGUAAUAUAAAGAAUCUCACCGUAUACAGAAUAAAAUGAACGGAAAAGCGUUUUCAA